AAAGAUCAAAAUGAUGAUGGCGGACAACCCAACACCAAUGCAGAUUGUUCAAUCUGCAUACGAGAAGCUUAAAGAGCAACAUCAGGACAGUCCAGAUGAACUUCAGAAGGCAGUUAAAGAUACCUGGGAUAUUAGAUCUAGUCUUGAAGAUAAAUUAGAAGGCUCAAUCGAAGAAUUUGAGACCCUCCAGAAGAUCCCGCAUUUGAAUAGGAUAGAGUCUGAAGAGGACUUAAGACAACUUGAUGGACAGCUAGUUAGAUUUUCUGGAUUCAUUCAAGACAUGAUUGAUCAAGAUUUCUUUGUUGGCUUCUUUAUGACAACUCCAGGAGAUAUGGGAACUGGAAUUCCAAAUAAAUACAUGCAGUUAGGUGAUAAUGAAUUGGAAGAAGUCGAGGAUAAAGCUUUUGAGUACUGCCAACAAAACUACACAAUGAAUAGAGGAAAUCUGAUUGCAACUUCAAUCCCAAAUGAAAACAAAUGGGUCAGAGAGAAAAGAGAAAUAGAAAAUGGAAGAUUUGAAGAAGUAGCAGAACUUCUUAAUAUCAAGGUAUAUGAUGAUCUUCUUGAUAAAUUCAAAAUGAACAAGGCUUACGAAUUCAUUGGAGCUCUAGAAUACAGACCUUUACCAAAAGAAGUUAGAGAAGAGAGAGCGCAAGCUUAUGCGGAGAAUGGAUAUCUUCCUCCAAACAUUAUUCCUGAUAUGGAUAAGUACCCAGUUCUUCAUUUGAUGGCUUAUCUUGAACAUCCUUAUAAAAACGCUACUAAAUUCUGGAUUGAUGCUCCAGAGUUGGACUCAGAUAAAAUUUCUGAACUUAGAUCCAAAAUUUUAGAAGUACUUCUUGAGAUUUUAGGAGGAGAUGAGCUUGCUGCUGAGUAUGUGUUUAUGACUCUUUUAUCAAGAGUCACUAAAAGAGAAGAUGGCAUCCCUGUCGGAAUCUCUUGUAUUAACCUUUAUAGCCAAGAAGAGAGAGCAGCUGAAGAAAUUUGUAGAGGAAUUGAGAGGUUUAUGAAACUUUUCCAAGCUCAUACUUUCUAUGCUCCUAUUGAUUUAGAAAGUUUGAACAGCUAUGAUCUUAUCCCAAAGAAGAAUUAUGACACAAAUAGAUUAAGCAGAGGAGGCCUCCAAAUUUUGAAUAGCACUUGAGCUCUUCUUGAUGAAACGAAUAUGAGAGAAGGGAAGACUGAGAGUGAGAGAAUUUUGAUAAAUAUGAAGGCUAUUGCUUCCCUUGUAGAAGAGCAAACUGUAAGAUACAACUUUCAAUAUCAUGAGCAAAGUUUCGACUGCUCUUGUGCAACGAUAAUUGUAUCUGCUGGAAGAUCAAUUUUUAAGAAUGCAGUCGCAGUUCCUGUCACUCCAACGAAAACUCCAAAUCCAGACGCUUUGAAUGACUUAGAAGAAGAUUUCAUUAACAAUUGAAGAUACUAUUUUAACCAAGUUAGUAGAAGGGGUAUUGAGAUUCCGGAUGAAUGUUCAAACCAUAUUCAAGAGAGAUUUGUGAGCGCAAGACAAGAAGAAGACCAAGCUCUGAAAGACAAUGAAAUCUCAACUAAAGAAUUGGGGGCAAAUACUUUGCACACAUGGCUAACAUAUUCAAAACUUAAGCUAGCCUCUUCAGGACAAACUCAGUUAACAGGUGACAUUGUUGAUACUGUUAUCAACUUGGAAUCUGAAAGAAGCAGAAAAGUCAAAAAUAUCCGUAGCGCUUCUGAGUAA